ACCAGCGGUAGGAGUCUCCACACACAACGAGAUGCGGUUCGCGAUUCCUGCUGCUUGAAUUUUAAUUUGGUGUCGCCGAAAUCCGCAAAGUUUCCCUUCCGCUAGAGAGCGAGGAAACCCCGGCAGAGGGAAAGCGACCGGCGGCGUCCCCCGUUUCAUUCCUGCCGACUAAACCGAGCCGCGCACGGAGCUCUGCAGCGGAGGCUGAUGAGCGUCUAACCGGGAGAGGAGCGCAGACAGACAGGAGGACAGGAGGACAGACGAGACGUCUGCAGAUGUGCGUGUGCAGCCGAUGCGCAGCGCAGCCUGGAAGACCCCUGCCAAUUUGAUGUGUGAACGCACCCAGCGAUAAUGGCCCAGAGGACACACAGUGGACGUAAGUGUACGGCAGAAGCAGACGUGUUCAUGUGUCCCAUCCACGUCACCCGACUCAGUCUCUGGUACAAACGCAUCUGAACUUCUCAAGAUCCCAACGGCAGUGUGAGAAUGAGACUGGUGUGGAAAUCCCUGGACAAGAUGAGGUGUCUGAGGAAACGCUCCACCAUUCCCUUCCUCGGCUUCCUCAUCACCUUCCUCCUCUUCUUGAACCUCUACAUCGAGGAUGGCUACGUGCUGGAGGGAGAUAAGAGGCAGCUCAGGGAAGCGUCGGUCCAUCCUCCCAGCUCGGAGCGAUACGCUCACACCUUCAGAGACCUCAGUAACUUCUCUGGAACCAUUAAUGUCACAUACCGCUAUCUUGCCGGCACGCCUCUGAACCGCAAGAAGUUCCUGACCAUUGGAUUGUCAUCGGUCAAGAGGAAAAGGGGAAACUACCUCCUGGAGACGAUCAAAUCCAUCUUUGACCAGUCCAGCUACGAGGAGCUGAAAGAGAUUGUGGUUGUGGUCCACCUGGCGGACUUUGACCUGGUCUGGUGUGAGAACGUGGUGCAGGAGAUCACCAGGAAGUUCGCUCACCACAUCAUAGCCGGACGCCUCCUGGUCAUCCAGGCCCCAGAGGACUUCUACCCUUCUCUGGAUGGCUUGAAGAGGAACUACAACGACCCGGAGGACAGAGUCCAUUUCCGCUCCAAGCAGAACGUCGACUACGCUUUCCUCCUGAACUUCUGCACCAAUCUGUCGCACUUCUACAUGAUGCUGGAGGACGACGUGCGCUGCUCCCGGAACUUCCUGACAGCGCUGAAGAAGGUGAUAACCUCCAGAGAAGGCUCCUACUGGGUGAUGAUGGAGUUCUCCAAGCUGGGUUACAUCGGGAAGCUGUACCACUCCAGAGACCUGCCCCGCCUGGCUCACUUCCUCCUCAUGUUCUACCAGGAAAUGCCUUGCGACUGGCUCCUCAUCCACUUCCGGGGCCUGCUGGCUCAAAAGGACGUGAUCCGCUUCAAGCCCUCGCUGUUCCAGCACAUGGGCUACUACUCGUCCUACAAAGGCGUGGAGAACAAACUGAAGGACGACGACUUCGAGGAGGACUCCAUAGACAUCCCGGACAACCCCCCGGCUGGCAUUUACACCAACAUCAACGUCUUUGAGAACUACGACGCCACCAAGGCGUACAGCACGGUGGACGAGUACUUUUGGGGGAAACCUCCCUCCACCGGAGAUUUCUUCGUCAUAGUCUUUAACAAAUCAACCAAAAUUAGCAAAAUUAGGAUUGCUACCGGGUCUGACGACCGACAAAGCGACUUCCUUCAUCACGGAGCGCUGGAAGUAGGAGAGAAGUUGGUCGGGACUAAGAAAGGAAAGCAGUGCUCCUCUUACAUCACGUUAGGAGAGUUUAAAAACGGAAACAUCGAGGUUCAAGAUGUGGACCACAAGAUUUCGUUUGACAUUGAGUGCGUUCGCAUUGUGGUGACAGCCAGCCAAAAAGAAUGGCUCAUUAUCAGAAGUAUCAGUUUAUGGACUACACAACCGCCCAGCCAAUGAGAACUACACACAACUUCUCUUAGUAACCCAUACAGUCCAAUUUUAUUACUAUUAUUAUUAUGUGUUUUCUAGGUUUAAUUUAUUCAUUUUGUAUGUAUUUAUUGAUUCUUCUUGCCAAAUCCGUCUGUGUUUUUAUACUUAAACGUAACUUUAGUGGACCAUCUUCAGUCAUCCUAAAGGAUUUCUGAUCUAACCUCAAUGUAUUGAAUAAUCAUAGCUUAUUCUUCAUAUGGUAGUAUUCGUAUAACAACCAUACUUUACCAACAUCUGAUCACAGGAAAGAGACGUAGCGUAAAAGUGAGUAAUCUAUGGUUUUGUUGAGCAUUUUCUUUGUUGUGCCAGCGCUUCUUGACUAUAACUUUUAUUGUUAAGCCAGAAUUUGGAAAGUCUGACUAUUUCCUCUUAAAGUGAAAGCUUGAGGUUGAUUUUGAGGAUGAGCACAGAAAAAAUUUGUCAGACUCUCCGAGGUGGUGUGGCAGUAACUACGUCAUAGAAAAUACAUAGUCUGGCCACCAUUUGAGCCAGAUGAUGAUCAAAAUGAGGUUCUGACACAAAUUGGCUAUUUUGCAUCUGAACAGUUUGAGGUCAAAGUCUGUCCUCCAUUGGACUCUCAUGGGAAUUAGAUUUCAGUUUGCUGCUUGUGGGACCAUCACAAGCCGGUUGACUGACUUAUGACAAACACUGGUGGAGAAAUGGGAUGAGAUGGCAUAACACUGUGUGAUGAGGCUGGUGACGAUCAUGAAGAGAAGGUGUGGUGGUGUUCAGUUCACCCAUCCACUGCAGAGGCGCCUGUUUGUUAAAUGGAUGCACUCUUAAUUAAUGGUGUGUCUUGUUUUUUAAAUGUCAACACCAGAAUUGGUUGUUUACAACAAGUAUCAGGGCCAUACAAAGAAAACAUUUUUAAAAAUUUAACUACGACAAUAAUCUCAUUACGUGAAUAAACUCAUGCAAGAAUAAAAUCGGAAUAUUACAAGAAUGAGAUCAUACUACAGGAAUACAGUCUACAUAAUAUAAUAAUGCCAAUAUAAGAAGAAAAUCAUAAUAUUUUGAGAAGUCAUAACUUUAUGAGAUUAUUGUACCACUAUGACUACUUUUGUAGUAUUCUGAUUUUUUUCUUGUAAAACUAUAACUUUAUUUUCAUAAUUUUAUAACUUCAUGCUUGUGAGUUUAUUCAUGUAAUAUUAUGACUUUAUUAAAUAUUAUCAUACUGAUGUCACAAUAAUAUGACUUUAUUCUCGUGAUUACAUUUUUUCUAGUUUUCUUAGUGUUACCCUGUGUCGAAGUUGUCUGGCAUUGAUAGGAAUGAUUUUCCCUGCUACUUAACAGACAAACAUAUUCUCACAUUUAAUGAGACUUUUUUAACGAUUUAUUGCCAAGAUACAUUGUCACAACAAAGAAAUGAUCAUCUAAACAAAACUUUUUUUUCUUUUUGAAUUUAUUUUUCAAUACUCCUGCUAUAAUUAUAACCCACUACCAGAGAAGAUCCAAUGGAAAUAGAGACCAGUAAUAACCACAGAGGAGUUGGGCAAGUGACAAAAGGAGCAACCUUUUUUAUGGCACAUGAAUGCAUCAAUGUUAGAAAAAUGAUGGACUUUAUUCUUAACUAAAAUAAAGUUCUGAACAUCAUCUCAAGCAACUAUUGGUAAAAAAAAAAAAUCCAAAGCAAGACCAACAAAGUUGUUCUUGGUCUCAUUGUUCUUUCUUCAGAUUGGGUCAAAAUCUGAUGAAAACCAACCUGAUAAUCUGAAUGAACCAACAGGAGUCGAGUCAGAGGGAAGUUUACUUUUGCUUUGUGACUGAAGGAAAAUAUCUGGUCGAAAAUGGAAGCGGAGAUGGUCAAGAGGUUUGAACCAGUGAUGCAGCUGAUUUGAAAUAUUUCAAUCUGACACAACUUGCUGACUGCAGUGGAGUCCAGUCUGUGGGAGAGGCCGCCACAUUAAGAAUGUGGCGUGUGCGUUCACGUAAAGUGUCGACUGCGCAACAUUACAAAGUUGCAGCAAUUGUUCUGUGUUGGUAAUGAAGGUGUGUGUCGUGUGUGUUAGGUGGAGGGAGUUUUUUUGGGGGGGGGUUUCUGUGAAUUUGAACUAAGAAAUUCUGACUUCUUGGUUUAAAUGCUAGGCUAACUGCUGCUAGCACAUCAUUAGCUGCGUUUCCAUUACAAAUGUGCACAAAACCUUUGUCUAUAGUCUGCUAAUGUGGAAAAAAAAAAACACAAUUUUGCAAUUGCUCCGUUUCUGUUCAACAAAAAUCACUCAUGAAUAAGUUUGUUCACUCAAUAAGUCAUUAUAAAAAAAGCCAACUAUUCAACUACUUCCUGUCGUCUUCUUCUUCCUGGUCAACGCCUAACAUCUAAUUGUUGAUUUAUGUGAUGUGUCUGAAGCAAAAAAAUCCUUCUAUUGCAGUUUUGACAAAUAAACCAAUUUGGAUACGGCUGAUGCCUUCUUUGGAUUCCUCAUUGUACUGCAGAAAAUUUUUAUCCCAUUAAGUAAAUUUAUAUUCUAAAUUUCAAAUUGCACAGUCAUGUGGCCAAUAGAAAUGCAAUUAUUGUUGUGGAAGAGAAAAAGGGAAAAGACUUACAGAUGACUACAGCAAAUAUAUAUAUAUAUGUGAAAUUUGUUAGUCUCCUCGUCGUCAUUGACGACUCCCAGUUGGUUUUUUAACACAAAGUACUAGAAGUAGAAAUUGUAUUGCUCUGGUAUUGUCCGUGGGAUUUGUUGGCAUUAAAAAAAUGCUCAGAUUUUCACCUCUCUCGAAAUCUUUAAAGCGCCAAAGUGAAAUGCCAAGAAGUCAUUUUUAUUGAUGCAUCAUUUUCUUCUAAUCUAAAGGACUUUUUUUAGGAUUCAAAGCAAAUUUAACUAAUAAUUUCAUUAAUAUAGAAUUGUGUAUAAAUCUGGCAAAGUGUAUAUCUUCUUUGUCAGCUACUAUGCUUUUGAUCAGACUACUAUAAAUCUACCAGGUUCAUAUUUCCCAAUCUUGUUGAAAAGAAUUAUGAAUUUUCCUAAUGGGUCUUCAGUGAGUUGGUUAUAGUGAAACAUAGUGCAAAAGGAAAUAGAGAUAUGUCACAUUAUAAUCUAAAAACAUUCCUUAUUGAGCCAAUGACCCAUCUGAACUAAAUUCAAACAGGUUGUGUUGUCACACAGGUACGAAGACAAAACUUACCCCAAAUGAAUGUGGCAUCUUGACUCCUGCCAAACUGAAGUUUUUAUAUAUGCAUGGGUGUAACGCUUUAUGGUGUGUCAGAAUGUGAAAUGUCUUAUUUUCUAAUAAGGAAACAUAUUGUUCAAACAAUGUCUUUUUGACAUUUGCGCAACAAAUUAAUAUAACCAAUUUUAAUGUGAAUGGUCUUUGUUAUAACAUUAGAAAUGUAUAAUGUGACACAUUGUUAGAACAUGAUGGGUGUACUGCAAUAGCAUGACAGUAUGUUGUAAAAACAUGGAAAGCCAAUUAUUUAAAUUAUUUUCUCUUUACGACAUGAUUUUGUUUUAAUUCUCUUUUGCCUGUUUGGCAGUUUUCCACUUCCACAAAUCAGACUUUGUUUUUUACAUUAUAAAUUUGUUAAAAGAAUUUCAGAAGCAUUUUUUUUCUUUUGUUUUUUGCCAUCCCAGUGAAAACAUGCAUUCACUGACAAAAAAAAAAAAGUUAAGCAACAAGUUAAGCUUUCAGAGGACGUGGAGGGAUUUGGAUGUAAUUCUGUGUAUAUGCAGACCAUAUCACAUGUGUACACAUGUCCCAUUUGCAAAACUCUUGAUACAUUUUAAACAGACAUGUUUUUUGUUUUUCCAAAAACAAAAGACAAAAUGUCUGUUUGAAAAAUUAAAAUGUUGUACCAAUGCUGCACCAACAGGUGGCGAUAAUGCCAACAUUAACAACAUCAAAAAUUCGAAAAAGAUGGACCCCAGUUUGGCUAAAGCAAACUGGGCAACAGAUUCUCCCACAGUAAUUGUAGCUAUUGAAUCAUAAUAGUGUAUAACUCUGAUUAAUAGAAACCAGGAGGGCAUGUAAUGUAAAAUAAUCCAAACACAACAAAAUGCUCAAACAUGUAUCAGACAGUCCUGGCAGCAGCUGACAGUUUGGCUUCAGAUUGACUUUAAUGUGUUUUCAAGGCCCAGUUUCUGCAAACUUUCCCUUACUGUUCAGAGCGACUGGUCUGUGCUGUUUCAAUCUGGUCCUAGUGGUGUGCACACUUCCACUAAUCUGCCAGCAGAGCUGAAUUUUUCAUUUAGCGCUUAGCGUACUUAGCAUAGUUAGCUUUGCGUCAAUAAAUGUUUCCAGAAACA